CGUGUCCGCGAAAACAUUUCAAAUGAGCUGAAGUUGAGAUAAGUCGGCAAAAGUUUCGCCUCAAAGGUUUUGAAGGUGUUGUGACUUAACACUGUUGAAGUUUUAGUUAAUCUAUGAGGAUAUUGGAAUAUUAAAAGUAGUUUAUUUCAAGGAUGGUACGGAAUCCGUUAUUUGUACUCGUCAUACUAGUCAUGUUGUUAUACGCGUGCGGAAGCCUAGCCAUCAGUGUAACGGUAAUUCCUCAGACCUUUGUUUUAUUGGCCUUACAACAGAUGAUGGUACAUGGUCAGCUACCCACACCUUUACCUGGUUUAGAUUCUGGUUCAGAUUUGCUGAAUAGAAAUAAUUUAGAUGGCACAGAAAAAGGCCAUAUACAAAUCGAUGUGGGUCUACGCAAUACUACAAAAUACCUCGGACAGACCGUACGGUUGAAUUGUGAGAUUACAGGAUCUCCGAUACCACAGUAUUCUUGGUAUAAAAAUAGUGCAGAAAUCAAUGAGCAAGUUGAUACAAGAUACAGUGUUAAACCCACAGACUGGGGAUCAAGAUUACGGAUAGUAAAUUUAGAGCCAGGUGACAAAGGAUUAUAUUCUUGUAAAGCACAGAAUAGUUUUGGUUCUAAGGAAACCAGCAGUUAUUUAAUUAUUAAAAAUGAAUAUCCACCACCACCCAAAAAGACACCAGAUUCUGGUCGUAAUAAUAAUAAUAAUAAUGGUAAAGAUGGUAGUGAUAUAGACUAUGAUAUAAAAUCUAUUUUGCCAGGUGGUGAUGGUGCUAAUGGAGGAUUUAAUGGGAAAUACAACACAGACCUGUUCCCUAAUCCAGAGGAAGAAGAGUUAGAUCAAGGCGAUGGAUUUUGUCAGGUCCAUAGAGGAAGCACUUGUUCUAAAUAUGUUGGAAACAUGAGUAUAUAUGUGUCAACUAAAUUCACACAAGGCCUUCGAGAAGAACGAUUUAUUGCUGCCUUCGCUGUGAUUGGUUCAUCCAAUCAUUUGUCUACAGAGUGCCAAAGUUUUGCGAUCCCUUCCCUGUGUUACCAUGCCUUCCCUUUAUGUGAUGAAACCCGAGGCAAGCCACGUCCGAGACAGAUCUGUAAAGAUGAAUGUGAAAUGUUAGAAGAUGAUAUUUGUAAAACAGAAUAUAUCUUAGCUAAACGACAUCCUCUUAUUGGUAAUCGGUUAUUACCUGAUUGUAGUAAAUUAGCCGAUCCAGGUACACCUGAAGGUGAUAAUUGUAUCAGAAUAGGAGUAGUAAAUAAACGAUUUAAUAAUAAAAAUAGAAAAACUAAUACAGAUGAUCCAGAUUGUUAUAAUGGUACUGGUAGUUCUUAUAACGGUAAAACAAGUCGAACUAAAUCAGGUCACACCUGUCAAUCCUGGACAUCAAAUAAACCACAUCAACAUUUCUACUCUGCUAGAUAUCCUGAAUUGGCAAAAGAUGGUCAUAACUACUGUCGUAACCCUGGUAAUGAGGAAUCGGAACCAUGGUGUUUUACCACCAAUAAAAAUGUGGUAAAAGAAAUGUGUGACAUCCCAAAAUGUGACACUUUACCAGCAUUUAAUUCUGGAAAUCAAGGAACGAGUACCCAUGUACCUGGUAAAGAAGGAAAUAAAUUGAUGUUUAUAUUGGUCCCUGGUAUAACAGUACCCCUAGCCCUAGCCUUACUCCUCGCUCUCGUCUGCUUCUGUCAAAGAUCACGCAGCAACAACAGCAAGGGAAAAGUACCAAGUCGCAAUGCAAACAACAGCCACGAGAUGAGUCCGAUAAAUCCCAAGACUACCACUAGAGCUCGCGAGUUUCCUAUGGGUAACGUGCGUUUUCUUCAAGAGUUAGGAGAAGGCGCAUUUGGUAAAGUCUAUAAAGGAGAAUUGAUGGGUCUUUACGGAGAUAACACCAUGACUAAAGUUGCCAUAAAGACCCUCAAAGAAAACGCGGCAGCAAAGGUUCAAAAUGAUUUUCGGAGAGAAGUGGAUCUAAUGUCGGAAAUGCGGCAUCCUAAUAUAGUUUGUUUGCUGGGUGUGUCGAUGAAACAGGAUCCUAUGUGUAUGUUAUUUGAAUAUAUGACUCAUGGCGACCUGCACGAAUAUCUGAUCGCGCAUAGCCCUCACUCGGAUAUUUCAAAUCUGGAGGAAAGUGGUCAACAGAAAAUCUUGGAUUAUUUGGAUAUGUUGCAUAUAGCCUCACAGAUAGCGGCCGGAAUGGAAUAUCUAGCAAGUCAUCAUUUCGUUCAUCGUGAUUUAGCGGCAAGGAAUGUGCUUGUGGGAGAUAACCUGAUUAUUAAGAUUUCGGAUUUCGGUUUAUCGCGAGAUAUCUAUUCGUCUGAUUACUAUCGUGUCCAAAGUAAAUCUCUGUUGCCCGUUCGUUGGAUGCCACCGGAGUCCAUCAUGUAUGGAAAAUUCACCACGGAUAGCGAUGUUUGGGCUUUUGGUGUUGUCCUCUGGGAAAUCUUUAGCUUUGGUCUACAGCCUUAUUAUGGAUUUUCAAAUCAAGAAGUAAUUGAGAUGAUUCGUUCGAGACAAAUCCUGCCCUGUCCUGAAGAUUGCCCGGCGAGAAUUUAUGGUCUGAUGGUAGAAUGUUGGCACGAGAUGCCCAACAGACGACCUCCAUUUAGAGAGAUGCAUGCCAGACUACGAGCCUGGAAAGGAGAAAUCAUGGCCAGUCAGAAUCCUCACUGGAGUCUGUCUCAAAGUCAGUCAGCUCAUUCAGGCAGUACCCACCAGAGUUCGCAUAGUCAGCCGAGUCACCAUAGCAGUACCGGGCCGAGUAAUACCACGGCUGUGACAGGUCUAACGGGGAGUAGUAACACAUCCGAUCAGUUAAUGCCUUAUCCCCAGCAAUACGCUCAACAAGCAGCGCCACAGCACAUGAUGCCACAACAUCAUCCUUUUAUAGGCAAUCAACCCGGAGCUCCCAUGCAACCUGGUCAUCCCCUGUAUAUGGCUCGUUUCCCCAUGCCCCCUCCUUAUAAUGGAAAUCAAGCUACGAAAGGGGCUAAUACAGCUGGCUCCGUAGCCAGCUCCAAAUCAUCCAGCAGUACUUCGGCCUCUGAGACACCAACGAGACCCCAACAACCUACUAAUAAUAGUUCAUUUAAAAAUAACGGACAAAAUCAACAACAUAAUUUUAAUACAAAUGGUCUAGCUGCGCCACCGCCAGUGUCUGUAGGUGAUUGUAAUCGCUUUAAUAACCUAAUGGCACAUAAUGUGUACAUUCCUGAUACACGGACUUCAGCAAUAUGACCAGUUACCUCCCUUGGGAGUUAAUCGCUCGGUUAAUAAAUAAAUAAUUAUACUUCUGUAUAAAUAAAACAAUAACAAAUUACAGAAAUGUUUUACAAGUUGAGUUUUGUUUCAACUUAAUACUUAAUUAUUGUUGGUGGUUGAAAAGUGCUUAGAUUGUUUUUAUUGUUAUGUAUUGGAUAUUCGUAUAAAACAUAGCGUGAAAUAUAACAACGUUACACAGUUCUCGCAGUCAGACUUUAACUCUUGAAGUUAUCUAUUGUGACUUGCGACUGUAUAAUAACGAAAGUUAUUGACAUUUUAUAAUGUGGUAUGCAAGAAGAAGAUUAUUGUACAAUAAUUGUACGGAGGACUCGAAGAUUAAAAUAUUACAUUACAAACACUAU